AUGGCGUUCCCGAUUAUAAGUUCACAUCUACACGACUGCGAAAGAACUCGGUGCAACGCAUCCAUUCAGUAUAUUGCAUAAAAUUCCUUCUGAAUCCUUGUCCUCGUUGUCCUUCUCACGAUUGAUCUACAAAUCUUUGUUAACAACAAACAUUCCUCGAAUACGAAACUAGCAAAAGCUCUAACAGAAACAAGAUGGUCAAGUUAUAUGCUUUGACUAUUCUUCACAAGGGACCAACAUCAGCAACAACCCUAAAAUCAGCAUAUGAUGUUGAUUCCUUCUCCUUCUUUCAAAGAAGUAGUGUAAAGGAAUUCAUGGCUUUUAUUAGUAAAACAAUAACAGAACGAACUCAGAUUGCUGCUAGACAGAGCGUAAAAGAACAAGAAUACAUGUGCCAUGUAUAUGUCAGAGGAGAUGGCUUAGCUGGAGUUCUACUUUCAGAUCAUGAGUACCCAAAUAGAGUAGCUCAUACGUUAAUUACAAAAGUCCUUGAUGAAUUUGUAUCUAAAUAUCCAGCACAUACAUGGACUACAUUAAAAGAGCCAAUAGUAGACUUCAAUCAAGUCAACAUUUACUUAUCAAAGUAUCAAAAUCCUAGGGAAGCUGAUGCUAUGACCAGAAUGCAGGAAGAUUUAGAUGAAACAAAAAUUAUUCUUCAUAAUACAUUAUCAGCUGUCCUUGAAAGGGGAGAAAAAUUGGACGAUUUAGUUCAAAAAUCUGAAGAUCUAAGUACCCAAUCAAAAACCUUUUACCACACAGCUCGUAAGACUAAUUCCUGUUGUGUUGUAUUAUAAUGUACUUUUGUCCCACUGCUUAGACUAAAACUUGUAUAUCACUGCGCAUAUACUCGUGUUCGAGAAUUUUUAUAAGCAUUCUACAGUUUUUCGAACCAUUGAAUUAUAUGUGAAUUGGGCAGAUGAAUCCAUUUAUUGGACUAAGAUUGUCCAUUUACUAAACAAGACUUGAAUGUUUUAUCUGCAUAUAUUAUUAACUGGCAUACCAAUUUUACGCAUAAAUUUUUUAAUACUGUUCUAGUGUUUCUCUGGCGCUAUAUCGAAGAGUUCACUGCCAGUUGAUAGUAACAGUUUAUUGAUAGCAAAAAUUCCAAAAACAAAUGGUAUAAAACUCAUUAAGGAAACCUUUAAAUGUUAGCCUGAUAGUUGAUCAUGAGAUAAUAUCCCAUUGUUAAUUAGACAAUGUUUGUGUUGAUGGUAAAUGGCUAUAAAUUAUUGUACUAGCUCUGUAUACAAAAUUCUAGUUCAAUGGCUAGUAAUUAUGAUAUUUUAAUAGGAAUCAAAACAACAUACACUAUAUUAUUUUUUUAGUAAUAUGUCUAUGAAUGUCUAUAAAUCCAAUGAAUUCAGUACUCAAAUUUAAUUUUUAAAUUAUAUGAAUUUUAGUUAAUUUGUAAAACCAAUUAUUUUUUACGUAAGAACAUAAAAAUUUAUGUAUAAAUAAUUAUGUAGAUAUAGGGAAAUGUGGAUAUUUUUUUUAUCAAAAUGCUUCAUUACAUAGAAUAUUUUAAAUGUAAACUUGCUGUGAGAUCAUGAUGAUCUAAUGAACUUGUUAAGAAUUGCACAAAGUAUUGAAAAUGAAAUUUUACUAUAAAAAAUCUUCAAUGCCUAUCUUGAAAACUUUCUAAAUGUUUCCAAUGAAUAUUGUUGAGUACCAAAAACUCGAAUGCAUGGAUACAAAAAUUCACAUUCCUUGAAAAAAGUAAGUGAAAAAAUAUGAUAUGCAAGAAAUUAUAAAUAUGAGCUUUUAUUACGUUACAAAUACUCAUAGUAUUUACAAAUAAACAGAGUUACAUUUGAAAACAUCAACUAUAAAAUCCGUUUAAUUAAAAGUAUAUAUUUAUUGCAAAACUUAAAUAUAACUUUGUGGUUUAAAUUAAUAAAAAUUGCAUGUUUGUGAUGUGAGGCGUCGUGUUAGCAUUUGCAAGACUCUUACCAAAAAUAUUUAUAGCAAAUCGAGAUAUCAUAUGCAAAGGAAUGUAAGUUUCAACAUAUAAAACGUAUAAUGUAACAUACAUAUUUAAAGAUUUUUUUUUAUUUUAAUGUAUUCGCCGAUUUUUCUGUUGCUAUAUUUGCAUUAUGUGAAAUAACCAAAAACAUUCAGCUAUUUUUGAAUAUUCCAAUAAUUGUAAUAUUAUAUGAAACAAAUUUAUUUAAACAUAACAAUAUAUUUUUAAGCGUUACAAAUAGCGAAAA